AUGAAGCACAGGUCCAGUGGCGCGUGUGAAGGGGAGGUGGAGGAUGUACGAGUCACGCAGGCGGUUCAGGAGGCCUUACGUAAAGCCGGGGAUUCAGUGGUGGAGCGAUUGGCAGCAGUACUGUACGGCGCACGGCAGCCGCCGUCACCAGCGGGAGCGGGGGCGGCAGUAGCUGCUGCUGCACCCUCCAGGGAACAGUUCACCCUGGCCGCUUCCUGCGCCGCCGCCUACCUGCUGUGGCUGCUGGCGUCCGGGGACUUUAGUGCCUCAGAGACCUCCCAACUCAACAUCAUGCGGACCAGAAUGGGAAAAGAUGCGCCCGCGCAAGACGAGCGCGGCCACCGUGCCGCCGCUGAUGCAGGCAUCAAUGGCGGUAGCCGGUACGACACCAAGGGCUUCGGUGUUGUACCAGCUGUUGCGCACCUGUUGCUGAACCGGCUUCCUGGCUGGAGGGACCCCAACUUCGGUGACUGCGUGUCGGCCGCUGGUACGACGUCGCCGCUGCCGCCACCGCCAAAGCCAGCCGUGCAUGGAAAGAUGCAUGGCGGCCGCGGCGCCACCAAUGUUGCACUCGGCCUCGUGCAGAAGCUUGGCGCACAGUACGGCACCUCCAUUGCUGCUGACACCGCUGCUGCAGGCAGCGGGCGAUGGAUGACAUACAACAAAGGUCACACUUGGCAAGAGAACAUCAGCCUGCCAACUAAGAUCAAUUCAGUAUUCCUUUAA